UAUUGUCAGGUAUCAAGAUAGGUCAGAGGUCAAAGUUUGAACAAAAAUUUUGGUUUGUGUUGGAACAAGUAGUAGCAACAAGUGAGGCGAUUUCUUCACUCUGGGCCCGCCCUCUGACAGUGGCAGAUAUGUACGCAACGCACGAACAGCACGGUAACAAUGUUCUGACAGAACUGAACGAAAUGCGGGAGCAGGCAGAGCUGACUGACGUGGUUCUGGAGGUGGAAGGGAAGAGUUUUCCCUGCCAUCGUGCUGUCCUGGCAUCGUGCAGUCGCUACUUCCGUACCAUGUUCACCAGUGGCUACAAGGAGGCCAAACAGGAAAGGGUCCUCAUUCAGGAUGUGAGUGGGGUAGCCAUGGCAACCAUUCUGGACUACGCCUACACCGGCUACCUUCAGACAGAGCCAGACCAGGUCCAGGCUGUGAUGUCUGCAGCCAGACUAUUACAGGUGGACUUUGUAUGCCAGAGGGCAGCAAAAUACAUGGCAGAUCAUCUGGACAUGUCAAACUGUGUGGAUGCCCUGAUGUAUGCUGACAUGCUGGGGGACUGUGGUCAACUAAUGGAGAACAGUGAGAAGUACAUUGCAUCCAGGUUCAACCAGGUGGCACUACAGCCCUCCUUCCUCCAGCUGUCACUGCUCCAGCUCCGGUCCCUGCUUGACAGCGAUGAUCUGAUGACCACCUCAGAAGACGACGUCGUUGUAGCCGCUCUAAGAUGGAUCGAAUUCAACCAAGAUGAGCGCUUGAAACACCUUCCUGCUCUGUGCAAAUCAUUCCGCCGUUCGCUUAUUAGCUCAGAAAAGCAUGCCGAAAUCAAGAGUAGGCGCCCAUCGACAGACGGCGAGUUAGUUUUCAGCAAAAGCACAACCCAGCGACUAGGUCAGGUGCGAACGGAGAUGCAGAUUGUACCAGAAGUGCCAAUAGAGGUACAAGAUGAUUUAAUGGAUGAUUCUUAUUCCCAGUGGUCUGCUCCUUGCUACAACCCCUCCACAGGUGGGCUGGAUGUAAUCAAUAUGCCCAGGAACCUGGGCAGUUUCUCUCUGACAUCCACUCCUGAUGAUCUGUACCUGGCAGGGGGUGUUAGGGGCAGCAAGAAGGUUAGCAGGCAGAAGGCAUUCUACCAGUACAACCAACUCUUACACACCUGGGAACCAAGGUGUGAGAUGAUUUCAGCCAGAGUUGGGUGUGGUCUGGUGCAUCUGAAGGGCUACAUCUAUGCUAUUGGUGGUGAUAACACCAAGGGAACAGCAGAGAGAUACGACCCCAGCACUGAUGAGUGGACGUCCAUGCCACCUAUCCCUCACCCCAUGAGCGGAUUCCUACAAUUCUGUACUGUGACUCUGGAUGACAGCAUCUAUGUUAUAAGUAAGGAAGGGUUGCUACAGCUUUCAGUACCCCAGAGAACAAGUGGAGUAAGAUAGCGGACAUGUUGUUUCCACCAGUGCGUCCUCGGGUUGUCACGUGUCAGGGGCGCAUUUUCUGUAUGGACAGUCAUCAACCAUCGGCUGUUUCUUCUGACCCCAUUUGUGUAGAAAUGUACGACCCCGCCGACGGCGUAUGGAAGCGGUCUGGGAACGGCGAGACUUUUGCCUUCCUCGCUUCAACCCUGAUGAAGCACGACGGAAGCCUGUAUCUCAUCACUGCACACAUCGAACAUGACCGCAUAUUUGGACGACCGACGCAGCGCUGGAUUAAUGUCCACCAGUACCAGACAGAUGCAGACUCCUGGCUGUUUAUUACAGACAAGGCCUUUAAGCGCAGGCUGAUUCCUCCCCUGGCACACUUCAAAUCUGGGAAUAGCGUAGACUGCCUGGCAGCAAGGAUGAUCCAGAGGAGUCCGGGGGAUACAAGCAUGUACGAGGGCCUGGAGAUAACCUCUGAUGAGGAUUCUUUCGGAAGUGGAACCACUGAUGACAGUCAGCAAGAUCUCUCGGACCAAGACGACAGCGAUGAAGAAAAUUCUGAUAACGACUGACAGAGUUAGAGUGAUGAUGGAGAUAUCUGACAGGCCUCAGCAUCAGGGACAAGAAAAUGCCUCUACAAAUUUGCAAACAAUGUCUUGAUAUGUAGAGAGCAAAGGAGAAGAUUUGGUAAUACUCCCUCAGUGUUAUACAAGAUUGAAUCAACACAAAUGUGCCACUCGUAAUGCUCUCGACAUAUACCCAAAGUUACCAUGAAGAAACACCGCCAUACGUUUGGAUACGUCUUGACAGUGACACUAAUCACAGACUCGUGAUUCUGAAAGACAUACAAUAUUAAUGUAGCAUUUCAGAUUUUGAAAGAAAUCGUACAUGUAUUUCGGAUUGCACAUCUAUUAUACAUAAUCCCAUGCAGACAGUGUUUUUGCUACUACAUGUAAUUUGUUACCUAAAGUACA